AUGACACAGGUGGCAGUGCGUGUGCGACCAUUAAGCGGGAAUGAGGGCCCACGCAUCGUGCACGUUGUCAGCGAUAAGAUGUUGGUGUUAGAGGAGGAAGCAGACAGUCGUCGUGACGUGCUCCGACAACGGCGAAUCAACGACAAGCAUUAUAUAUACGACCGAGUUUUCAACGAGGACAGCACUCAGGAAGAAGUAUACGAAGCGAUAUGUGCGCCACUGGUGGGUGACACUUUACGCGGGAUCGCUGGUGCAGUUUUUGCAUAUGGAGCAACUGGAGCCGGAAAAACUCACACGAUGACCGGGUUGAUGUCUCGUGCGCUGAGUCAUCUCUUCACAAGCAUUGCUGAAAGCGAGGACCCUGAUGCAUUUGAGGUAAAGUUGUCAUACAUCGAGAUCUACAACGAAAACAUUCGUGACCUGUUUAAUCCUAGUGCGGGUCCGCUAGAGUUGCGCGACGAAGGUGGCAACGGGGCUCCUGUAGUAGCUGGUCUUAGCGAAGUGCGUGCACUAAGCUCAGCACACGUGGCUGAGCUACUAGCGCGUGGCGACCGCGCACGCACUGCGGAAUCCACACACGCAAACCAUCACUCUUCGAGGGGACACGCGCUGCUUAGCGUAUCAGUGUGUGCUAAAGUGGACGAAGGCAUACAGCGUGGACGCUUAUUUCUCAUCGACCUGGCUGGAUCUGAACGGGCCGGGCUGCGCGCGAGAAGGUUAGAGGGAGCUCAUAUCAAUCGAUCACUGUUAGCGUUGGGCAAUUGCAUCAUGGCUCUAUCCGGUGGAGCCAGGUACGUGAACUACCGCGACUCGAAGCUGACGCGGCUGCUGCGCGAGGUGCUAGGCGGGCGCUGUCGCACGGUGAUGGUGGCGCACGUGGCGCCCGGCGCCGCGCAGCGCGACACCACGCGCUCCACGCUGCACUACGCGCAGCGAGCCGCCACCAUCACUAACAGGGUCGAGCGCGAAGUGGUGGAGACUCCAAUGCAUCUAUCGCAAUAUCGAACCGUUAUAAAUGAGUUGCGAGAAGAAAUAUCUCGUCUGAAGGUUAAAAUGAAAGAUGAUCGUUCAAGAAGCAAGGAAGACUUAAGCAAAGAAGAAAUAAGUAGAGAAGAGUCAAUAGAGAAUUCUGCCCAUCUUAAGUCUCUACGUGAAGCCAUUGUAUCGACAUUCAAGCAGCAAAUGCGUCUGCGACGAAGGUUGAUGGAGCUGGAUAGCCAUUUAUUGGGGCUGGCACUGGACGCCGAGCGUCAGCACGCUGCCAUCUCGCACUGGGAGGCGCGGUUCAACCGACUGUAUAAGCCUAUCAGUAUUGGUACGAGGCUCAGCACACAACAGAGUUAUAGGGGCGGCACGGGUGGGACGAGUACGUCGUCGGGAUCGAGCGCGGCGGCCGGCGAGCGCGCGGAGGCCGAGGUGGCGGUCGAGCAGGCGUGGGCCGAGCUCGCGGCCGUCGAGCGCGAGCAAGAGGCCGCUCGGGCGGAACGCGCGCGCGUCGAGCGGCAGCUUGAGCAAGUGCGACUGCGCGGCGCGCAGCUCGAGCAGGAGCUGCCCGCGCACAUCGGAAACGGGCCGGAGCGCGAGGUGUUGGCGCUGGUGUGCCGCGUGCACGAGCUGGAGGCGGACAAGCUGGCGCUGCAGGGCGAGCGGGCGGCACGCGCGCACGACCUGCGCCGCCGCGACCUCGCGCUGCAGCGCCGCGACGCGCAGCGCCGCCUCUCCGACGAGAUCAUAACGCGCCAGCGCCGCGCACUCGAAGGUUCGUCGCCAGCUCACUGUACAACUACCCGCAGCAUACUGCGCUGGAAGGUACGUCGCCAGCUCACUGUGCGACUACCCGCAGCACACUGCGCUGGAAGGUACGUCGCCAGCUCACUGUGCGACUGUGCUGGAAGGUGUCGUCAGCUCACUGUGCGACUACCCGCAGCACACUGCGCUGGAAGGUACGUCGCCAGCUCACUGUGCGACUACCUGCAGCACACUGCGCUGGAAGAGUUGGGCGUAGGAAUAGAGCCCGAAUUAGGGCAAUUGUACGAGUUGUAUCAGCAAGAAAUUCAUGCCUCGACCUACACAGAAAGUAACGAUGUCUACACUCCGCCGGAUCUUUUGCCGCCUAUAUCUGCCAGCACUAUUUCGGAUAUGGGGUGGUCGGGAAGCUCGAGUGGGUCGGCCCGCGGCUCGAGCUCGGGCUCGGGCGGGACGCUGCCCUUCGACGCGCGCCUUCCGCGUCUGGCGCCCACACCGCGACCGCGCACUAAGUACGGUAAAGCAAGCGCAUCAACUCUGAAACGAUAUGCGAGUGAUGACAGUUUAGUAAUUGCGGCACCUCGUCGGAGCGACGAGGCAUCUUGA